AUGACCGGGGUGACGCGGUCGCGCGGCGCGCGGCGCGCGGCGCGAGCGCGCCCCCCCGCGACGUCGCGUCUCCUCCUCGCCGCGUGCUACGCGGUGUUCCUCGCCGCGCAUAUACCCGCCUCGCUCGCGGUCGACGUAUUGGACGGCACGGCGCUGCUCGCCGCGGUCAACGACGGCACCGUCGGCUCGAUCCGGCUCGUGGCGAACGUCACCACGCCGUUCGCCUGGACCCAAGCCGGGGUGUUCAUAACGCGCGACCUGGUCAUCGAGAGCGACACCGACGUCUGCGGCGGCGACGGGUGCCACGUUUUUGGGCACGACUCGAGGGAUUUCGUGCGCGUCGCCAACGGCGCGACGGUGACGAUGCGCAAGAUCAUCCUCGACGACCACGGCGACACCGUCGCGCCCUUCUCGUACGAGGGCGGCGCCGUUCGCGUCGUCAACGGAACCCUCGUCGCGGAGGACUGUCAGUUCACCGAUAACGUCGGCUUGUACGGCGGCGCGGUGGACGUGGGAGUGGACGGGUUCGCGAGGUUCGAGCGAUGCGUUUUCGCCGGUAACGUAGCGGCUUCGCAAAACGCCGACGACAAGUACAAAGCCGGCGGCGCCGUUCGGUUCGCGGGUAACGGCGUCGUGACGGACUGCGCGUUCCGAUCGAACCAGGGCGCCGAGGGCGCGGCGGUUCACGUUGCCAACGGCGCGACGGUUCGGUUCGAGCGGACCGUUUUCGUGGACAACGAGGACCCGUCCGCGAACGGGGGCGCGAACCAUCUGCGAGUCGUCGAGGCGUCGCUCGUUCAGCUCUUCGACUGCGCGUUCACGACGUCGAACGUUUUAAAAAACGGCGGGGAGAUGUACGCGGACGCGAGCUCCACGAUCGAGCUGUCGCCGUACACCCCCGCGCUGGAGGCGCAGAAGUCGGGCCCGGGUUCGUUCGUGCGGUGGUCCGAACCCCCGCCGCCGAGCCCGCCGCCGCCGCCGUCGCCCCCGCCCCCCGGCCCCCCGCCGCCGCCCCUCCCCCCGCCGAGCCCGCGCGCCCCGCCGAGCCCGAACCCGCCCCCCGCGCCGCCGCCGCCGCCGCCGCCGCCGCCCGCGCCUCGGGUCGCGGACCCGCUCAUAUUCAACCUCGCGGAGGUGGAGGUUGCGCUCGUGGCGGGAGGGCUGGGCCUCUUGGUCCUCUUCUUCGUCGCUUCGCGCGUGGUUAAAUGCGCCUUCGCCCGCGACGUGAGACGUAAGAAGCGCGCGAGGCAAAGGGCGCUGAGGCGUCAGACGGAGCUCCGGGCGAGGCGGGCGAUGCUGCGGCGGGUGGCGCGGCGGUUAGCGGAGGACGCGGCGCAGUACGCCAAGCUCGCGGAGGCUACGGACGAUAGGUCAAUCGAUAGGUACGAAGCUUCCGGUGCCUUUGGACCCGCCGCGGGUGGGGGAGCGCGGACGCCGGAGAAUCGGGCCGCAAUCGGCGGCGGCCAUCACGGGAGGAGGGACGCGCGGGUAGGUUUAAGUGCGCGCACCGACGACGACGACGACGACGUCGGGAUUGUGGAGAUUGCGCGGUCCCCGAGGUACUCGCCGAGGUACUCGCCGGGGUACUCGCCGGGGUACUCGCCGAGGAGCGGCGCGCACGCGCGGGGUUGGCGCGGACCCGGAUCCUAUCGCGAGUACACGCGUUCGAACCCCGACGGCGACGGUGUCGACCCAGGGUUUAGUGCCGGGAUUAGUGCCGGGUCGUUCGGGUCGGUCCAAGGGUUUCCGGCGUCUUCCGGCGCUCGGACGCCCGCGAGAAUCGCGUCGUCGCGAGCCGCCGCAGCCGCAGCCGCAGCCGCAGCCGUGGCGCUCGCGGCGGCCAAACUCGCGGUACUCGCGGAGCAGCAGCUUCGCGACGCGGAGGCUGAGCUAUCGUCCAACUCGGACGACGACGACCGUUACGACGACCGUUACGAGGGCGCGAAGGGGGAAGGCGUCCGGUUGGAUCGGCGACGCUCGCGAGUCGCAUCCCCGCGUUCGACGUCCCCGAUCGCGCGUGCGUCGGACAUAAACGUCGACGUGGACGCUGCUGACAUGGACGCUGGAUCCGACGUGGCAGUCGACGUGGACACCAUAUCCGACGUGGCGGUCGACGUGGCGACGACCGACUCGGCGGCGGCGGACUCCUUCUACGCGGCGGACGACUUUGACACGAUCACCGUCGGCGGACCUCGCGGUUCGUCGUACCGGGUCUCCGACGCGGGCGGGUUGGACGGCGCGCCCGACCUGGGGGACGCGGAGCUCGAGGCGUUGUACGUGCGGUCGUACGAGCGCGCGUUGAUGCGCGCGGAGGCGGAGAGGGAGGAGAGGGCAGAGAGGGCGGCGGCGGAGGAGGCGGUGACUCACCGGGAGGCGGCGGAUGGGGCGCGGGUGACUGUUCGGCUGCCGAACGCGGCGACGAGGGCGACGAGGUUCGCGCCUGGGAGUGAGAGACGCGGGACGCCCCCGAGGCCGCCGAGAUUGACGUUCACGCUAAGCUCGGUUCGCCGUCAGUCUGGCCUUCAGGGGGAGUGGAUAACGAUGCACUCGGACUGCCGCACCGCGUUGAACGCGUGCCCUCGCGCGAUGACCGCCUCCGUCGCGUCGCGAGGACGCGCGGCGAUCCCUCGCGCGCGCCGAGUCGGUGGCGGGCGCGGCGGCGCGGCCUCCCGGCGCGCCCCGGUGACCGCGUCCGGCUCAUCCAAGGAGCGUUCAUCGUCGGCCGUCGUGGGAUCAGACCAAGGCGCGGAGAGCGGUUGGGGUCCGACGCGGCUGGCGCGCACAGCUGUGUCCCUCGUCGCGUCCGUCGCCGUGCUCGCGCCGCCCCCUGGCGCGUUCACGAUCGAAACAUUUCGCGACGGCGACGACGCCGCGUCGUCGUCCACCCGAGAGUCUCGACGUCAUCACCCGUCGUCAUCUGAUCAUCCGAUGAUGUCGACGAUGACCAACUCGGGGUUAACGACCGUCCCCACGCAUCGGGCCCAUGCAUCGUUCAUCGGCGCCCAAGCCGCGAAUGCGUUCGACCUCGACCCGUGGAAAGAGGGCCGAGCCAGGAAAGCCGCGCAACGCGCCGAGCUCCAACGCCGAGUCGACGAAUCGUACGCCAGAGAAGCGGAGAACCGCGAGGAGAAGGAGAGGCUGCAAGCCGCGUACUACGCCAAAGCGUCCGCGUCGAGGAAAGCGCGGGUCCAGGCCCUACGCGACGGCGCCACCGAGGAAGAGGCGGACGCCGCAGCUGCCGACGCGGGUAGCAGGGCGUUCGACACAGCUGUGCGGGCCAUCGACGCCGAGGCGGAGGCGCUGGAGGCGUAUGAGGCUAGAAACGCCGAGUUGAGAGCCACCGCGGAGCAGCGCAACGCCGAGGCGUUGGCCGCGGCGAGCGCGGCGGAGGCGGUCCUCGCGGAAGAGGUUCGGCUCGGAGAGGAGUGCGCGGAAGGGGUGAACCCGCUGGACGAGCCGGGGUCGGUGAUGUGCACGUGA